AUGCACACGGCACACAGAUUGCACAGAUCGCACAGCUGGCACAGUUCGCACGAAAACGAACGGUGUGUGAUUUUUUUGCGACUGCGACCGAGGGUUUCUUCAACGACGAUUACAACCGCGACAAUUCUGUUGGCAUAUCGCAGCGCACACGACACACUGAUCGCACAGAUCGCACUCCUUUUAGUUCUAUUGGAAGAAAUUCCAACCAACUAUGAAGGAUUCAAGGAGAAAGUGAAAGAGUUGAAGAUUAGGGAAACGAUUGCUGCUCUAGAUCAGUUAAAGGGUUUUCCUUUUCGUGGAGAUGUUGAGCCUGGAGAAGUUCCAUCAUUGGUUGAUCUUAGUCUUAACCCAGUUUCAACCAUGAGCCAACAGAAUGGAAAAGGAGCUGCCAAUGGUUCUCAAAAUGGAGGAGAGACAGAGGCAUUGCAGAAGCUAACUAAGUUUGCUGCUGAAUGCCGAGCACAACCACCAAAGGGAUCGAAAAAUGACAGUAUAUAUGGUGCAAGCUUUUCCUGCAAAAUUUCCCCUUGGCUCACAAUGGGAUGCCUCUCGCCCCGUUCUAUGUUCGAUGAGCUAAAGAAGAACAUGUCAAGGACAAUCUCGGCUGCUAUAAGUGAAAAUGAUGACAUCGCUUCUGUUGGAACAAACUGGCUCAUGUAUGAGUUGAUGUGGAAAGACUUAUUUAGAUUCAUAACAAAGAAGAAUAGUUGUGCAAAACAAGUGAGUGGUGCACCAGUUGUGACUGAAUGCACUGCAACAGCUUGA